UUUUUUUGCGCAAGCCCAGCCCACCCGGCGGGAAUAAAAAGCCCCCGCUGGCCUGGCUUUGGUCUACUCUUUCCCCACUCGGCAACAACGGCAGAAGCAGAUAUGAAGGCUCUCCUCUCUUUACUCAUCAUUGGAUGCCUCGCCUCGGCGUUUGCAGUUCCUACGGAACCCGUCAAAGUGAAAUGGUGCGCACAGUCUAAACCAGAGAACGAGAAAUGUCUCAAACUAGCGAGCGAACCAGACCUGAAGGACAAACUGGGAUGCGUAUUGAAGGACGGGUCAGAUGGUUGCAUAAAGGCCAUUACGGCAGGGGAGGCAGAUGCUGUUACCCUCGAUGGAGGCGAUAUCUACAAGGCUGGACUCAAGAACUACAACCUGCACCCCAUCAUUGCCGAGGACUACGGCAAAGACUCUGAUACCUGCUACUACGCUGUUGCCGUGGCGAAGGCAGGCACCAAAUUUGGGUUCGGUGACCUGAAGGGGAAGAAGUCUUGCCACACGGGCCUGGGGAAGUCAGCCGGCUGGAACAUCCCCAUCGGCACUCUGCUCACUCGGAAGCUUAUCUCCUGGGGCGGCAUCGACGACGAGGAGCUGCUGAGAGCCGUGUCAGAGUUCUUCUCUGCGAGCUGUGCCCCUGGAGCCAACCAGUACCCCAAGUACAAGAGCCUGUGUGAGCUGUGCAAGGUGGACUGCUCCCGGACGCACAAGGAGACCUACUACGACUACGCCGGUGCCUUCCAGUGCCUGCAGGACGGUGGUGACGAUUACGUGGCCUUCGUCAAGCACACGACGGUCCCAGCUGCAGAGAAGUCGAAAUACGAGCUGCUGUGUCCGGACGGAACCAGGAAGAGCGUUGAUGAAUUCGCCAAAUGCCACCUGUCCAAAGUACCUGCCCAUGCUGUGGUCAGCCGCAAGGAACCAGACCUGGCGAAACGCAUCUGGCUAAUGCUCGAGACGGCCAUGAAACACAGCCUUUUCUCCUCCGAGGGUUACAGCUCCAAGAACCUGCUCUUCAAAGACUCCACCGUCAAACUAGUGCAGGUCCCCAAUUCUGCUGACAGCUUCCUGUACCUGGGUGCAGAGUACAUGAGCAUCAUCCGCUCCCUGCAGAAAGAGGGCACGGAGACCAAGCGGGAGGGGAAGGGGCUGAGGUGGUGCGCCGUCGGGGCGGACGAGCUCAAGAAGUGCGACGACUGGAGCAUCAACUCCGUGGACGACGCGGGAAACGCCAAGAUCGAGUGCGAGAGGGAGAUCAACACGCACACGGUGGACGAGUGCAUCAAGAAGAUCAUGCGUAAAGAGGCAGAUGCCAUGGCGUUGGACGGAGGGCAGGUGUACUCUGCUGGAAAGUGUGGCCUGGUUCCGGCCAUGGUGGAGCAGUACGACGCAGACAAGUGUACGAACCCUGGAGAGGCCUCCUCCUACUACGCUGUUGCCGUGGUGAAGAAGGGCUCCGGGUUCUCCUGGGCGGAGCUGAAGGGGAAGAAGUCGUGCCACACCGGCGUCGGCCGAACGGCCGGCUGGAACGUGCCCAUGGGGCUCAUCCAUAAGGACACCAAGGAGUGCAACUUCACCAAGUUCUUCAGCGAGAGCUGCGCCCCUGGAGCUGACGUGGACUCCAGUCUCUGCAAGCUGUGCGUAGGCAGCAGGAAAGCGGUGGGAGACGUCAAGUGCAGAACGAGCAGCGCCGAGGAGCUGUACUCUGGCUACGCCGGAGCCUUCCGGUGCCUGGUGGAGGGUGGCGGAGAUGUGGCGUUUGUGAAGCACACCAUUGUGGGAGAGAACACUGAAGGAAAAGGUCCCUCCUGGGCGUUGAGCCUGCAUUCUGAUGACUAUGAGCUACUGUGCCCCACUGGCCCCAGAACCAGAGCCCCAGUUAAAGACUACCUGACCUGUAACCUGGCCAAGGUGCCGGCCCACGCCGUGGUGACCCGGCCCGAAAUUGUGGGCCAGGUGCAGAGCGUCCUGGAGGAACAGCAGAUCUUGUACGGAAUCAGUGGCUCCAGCGACCUGUUCAGGAUGUUCCAGUCAGGCGGGAAAAACCUCAUCUUUAAGGACUCCACCAAGUGUCUCCAGAGGGUUCCGGCAGGCCAGAGCUUCAAGGACUUCCUGGGCGCGAAGUAUUUUGAUGCUGUGACCGCACUCAAGGAGUGCGCCAGCAGUGUGUCAGAAUUGGAGCAGGCCUGCAGUUUCCACUCCUGCCAGCGGAAGGUGUAGAGGAGCGUCACUCUCACCCUGCAAAGACCCCACUCUCUUUGUUACACCAGCACUCGGUCAAUCACCUGCACGCUGGCGGACGAUUGGUGAUUCUUUGCUUUCUUCAGAUAACCAGUUUGUAACAAAAAAAAAAAUGUACAAAAGAAACACACAAAAAACUCUUAAAUAAACUGCUUUUCCACCUUUCCACCAGAAA